AUGAAGAAGCACCAGCCGCACUCGGUGCAGGGCACCUUCAGCCGCCUCUUCGGCAAGCGCCACUCCAGCCCCAGCGCCGCGUCCCUGUUCGCCACCAACCCGCCCUGGAUCUUCACGCAGGAGGUGACCUCGGACAGCGCGGGUGGCACCGGUGACGUGAUCGAGGUGUACUACGGGGACAAUCGCUUCGGGACGGUGACAGACCCUGGCACAGCAACGCUCAAACCCCGGCCCAGGGUCCGGCCCCUGCUGACCUUCCUGCCCCUGAAUGCCCAGGAAUCCCAUGGGGUGGCUGUGCCAACGCCGUCGGUGCCAGAAGACUUUGAGGAAAAGGCAGCUCUUGGCUCUGGCUCGCAGCUCAAUGGCAAUUUCCGCAUGUACAGCUCGGCGGGGGACCUGCGCCCGCAGCCCCUCGACGGGGGUGACCUGGAUGAGGACAUCCCCCCACCGCCAUCGGUGCCCCCUCCACCCCCUCCGGCAGCACCGGCGCCUGUGCCACCUGCUCCUGUGCCACCCGCUCCGGCCUCACCGGUCCCUCCACCCCCCGAAACGCUGCCACCCCCGCCACCGCCCCCCGAAAUGCUGCCACCACCGCCGCCGCCACCCGAGCUGGUGCCACCAGCGCCACCCGAGCCGGUGCCACCUCCCCCUGCCAUGGCAGCCCCGCUGCCCCCCGCCUCUGCCCUGCCCUCCCCCAGCACUCCGGCUCCUCCUGACUUCAUCCCGCCGGCCCCGCCGGGCGCCCGGGACCCCGCGGCCUUCCCCGCCGGCAUCUCCAAGUGGAAAUCAGAGACGGUGCUGAACACGAGGCAGGCGGACGCCGAGGGACCGCUCUGCCCUGCCGAGGCCGGGCUGCCCGCAGCCCCCAGCCCCAAGGAGAGCCUGCAGCCCAAACCCGAGCCCCACCUCACCUUCCCCAGGUCCUUCAAGGUGCCCCCACCAGCCCCGGCACGCUCCUCGUCCAUCCCGGUGCAGGAUGGCCAGCCCGGCCGGCAGGAGCCGCUCCCCCGGCAGCCUCACGCCCGGCCACCGCUCCCACCCUGCUUCACCAUCAGACCCGCGGCCAAGGCGCGCCUGGGAGAAGCCGAGCAGAGGAAUUCUGGGCUCAGACAGGGCGUUGGGAAGUCGGCUGUGCCCCCUCCACUGAGCCCCAAGCCAGGCCCAGGGCUCAGCCAAGGGGCGAAUCCCUCCGGCCGCCGCUCCCCGCUGCCGGGCUCCCAGGGGGAGAAGAUUGCCCAGCCGAAAACAGCCGGGACAGACUCCCCUCCAAAAUCCGAACCUCUCACUGCCAACGACCUGGAUCUCCCUCCUCCGGACUACCCGACCUGUGAGGAUGACUGGAAGGAUGCCAGCAACCUGAACAAGCUGCGGGACGAGCUGUCGGCGCUGCUGCGCUCCCCGCGCCGGGAGGAGAGGCCGCUGGACAGGCCGGGGGCUCCCCAGCCCGUGGACAGCGCUCCCAGCCGUGCUGGCAGCCGUGAACCAGAGCUCAGUGAGCCCCAGCUUGCCAGGAAGGACACGGGGUUAUCCAAGGGAGGGGAGAGUGAGAAGAAAGAGGUGCCCAGCAGCACCCCCAGCAGCAAUGGGGGCUCUCCCAGCACUGCAGUCACCGCCCUGGAGAGCAACCCUGACACACAGCCCCGCAGUGUGAGGACGAUCAGGAACGAGCUGGAGGCUGUGCUGUCCCUGAAGAAAGAGGGGAAACCUGCCCCAGGGCUCAGCAACCAGAAGCAGGGUGUGGAGAAUGGCAUCGGCACCCCACAGGUGAGGAAGAGCCCCCCUGUCCUGAGGAAGAGCCCCCCUGACACGAGUGGCUCAGUGGUGCCAAAACCACUCCCAGCCCCUGCUGUGGAGAAGGAUGAGACAGAUCCCGAGGGCCACCCUGCUCCUGCUGCUGGCAAGGUCACAGAGGACCUGAACCCUGCUCCCAGAUCCCUCAACAGCACCGUGAGUGCCCCAGUGCCACCCCAGGGACCGGCAGAGGAGCCCCCUGCUCCCAGCCCCUCCUCAGCCCCGGUGUCCCCUGCACCGAGCCCGGCAGCACAGCCCAGCUCGGCCGUGUUCCAGUACAAAGUGCACCGGGCCGGGGCCAGCCCUGCUGAGCCACCCUGUGCCCUGGGCUCAGCUGAGCCCCCCUGCCCCGGCAGCUCGGCCAGGAGCCCCCCGGCCAGCUCGGGAGUGGGGCAGGAGGAGGAGGAGGUGCUGAUCCACCCGGUGACGGGGGAGCGCGUGGAGCGGGGCUCACCCAUGGCCCUGCUGCUGGCGGCCCGGCAGCGUGCCCAGCGCGGCCGCCAGGCCGGGGACGGCCCGAGGGCCAGGCCACCCCUGGGACUCAGCAGUGCCUCGUCCGACACCACCUCCAGCAGCUUCUUCCGCCACGAGUCCAAGCCCUUCUCCUUCACGGUGGUGCCUCGGCCAUCGGCCUUCGGUGCAGCGGGGUCCAGCUGGAGCAAACCCCCGUCCUUCUCCAGCUCCUCGGAGCAGGGCCGGGAUGUGCGGGCGGUGGGUGAGGCGCAGCCCCCCGGGCCCCGGCGAGCCGCGGCCUCCAGCCUGCUGCGGGGCCUGCUGGACUCGGGGCAGCCAGCCCAGCCCGGCACGGCCCGGCACGGAGCGUCCAGGGAGGAGGAGAACGGGGACACGGCGCUGGACUUCGGGAUCAUCCCCCCACCCCCCGAGUUCAGCAACGAGGCGGACGAGGGUCCCGUCCCGAGCCGGGAGGAGAGCCGCAAGUGCCCCAGCGUCCCUGACAGCGGCCGGGCCUCGGGCGAGCCGCGCUAUUUCAGGUGGUCUGGCUACAGCCGCAGCUACGGGGGCAAGCAGGAGCCAGCAGCUCCACUGUCCUCGGAGAAGAGCUGGAGGAACGGCGACUUCACCCCCCAGUACCCGGAUUACAGCAGCUCCACGAGUUUCCCCAGCCACGGCCCCACCCCACGGCCGCUGAUCAAGAAGCGCCUGUACAUGUCCGAGCCCGACAGCUCGUACCCCCGGGCAGCCGCAGCCCCCCGGGCCUCGGGCACCCUCUCCUCGUACGGCGCCGGGGGGUUCGGCUCCACGGCCGGGGACGGGGCUCGCCGCCUGGGCUCUGCCCACAGGAACGGCCCCUCGAGCGCCCAGGGCAGGUGGGCGACCUCGGACGCCGCUGGGAAAGCCGCGGCCUACGGCGGCACCGGGGCUGACACCAAGUACAAGGGGCAGAACGGGGACUUCUCGCCCGCCAGCGUGCUGGCAGCCAGCAGGCCUGCCCACGGCACCUCGCACUACGGAGCCCCCUCCAACACCUUCACGGUGCGGCCCGGGACGCGCCAGCCCAUCUCCUACACCUACCAGAGCCACCGGUAG